GGACCAUGCACUAGGCCACAGCAGCGCAUUCCUCCUGGCUGGUGGUACCCUGGUGUGUGACUCGAGCCAAGGCUACAAGUCCAAGAGGUUCACACCAGAAUGCGGCACCGCCAUCUAUCCUGGAGAGAGCUGGUUACUGGCAUGUGCCCUGCACCCAUGCAGUAACUGCUGUGCACACGGAGUCACAGCUCACAGGCCAGAAAGGAUACCAGGUCUCUGGGGCAGGAGGAAGCAGCAGUCGCAGACAUGGCUGAAUCCUACAUGAAAAGGCUGUGUACCACACUCAUGGAUGCAGUAACCGACAAGGACCCACAGGUGCAGGAGCAGAUCUGCAGCGCUCUAUGUGCCCUUGGCGAGGCCCAGCCGGUGGGGACCCUCUGCUCCUGCGAGGAGUACCUGCGGCAGCACGAAAAGCUGGCCCACCCGUACCGGGCAAUGAUCUUAAAGGCCAUGGAGGCGAUUGUACGCAGUCACAUCGGUGAACUUGACAAGGACAUGGUCAGGGCUGUCAUUCUACUGGCCUCCAAUGAGAUGACGAAGGCCAAGGACCUGGUCCUCGACUGGCAGCAGGCAGCCAGCAGUGUCCUCGUGGCAGUGGGCACACGCUUCAUCAACGCCGUGAUGGAGGAGCUGCUGGGCCGCUUCCAGCCUGGGCUGCUGCCCCACCACUUUGUUGUGCACACGCUUGCCAGCCUGGCAGCAGCCAACGUGUUUGGCAUGGUGCCCUUCCUGACCUCCAUCCUGAGCACCAUGCUGCCUAUGCUGCCCAUGGCCAAGCAGGAUGCUAUGCGGGUGGUGUUCUGUUCAGCCCUGCAGCACUUCAGUGAGAGUACCCUGGAGUACCUGGCCAACCUGGACCAGGCCCCGGACCCCACUGUCAGGAAGGACACUUUUUCCUCCGACGUCUUCAGCGCCUACGAUGUGCUCUUCAACCACUGGCUGCAGAGUCGGGAGGCCAAGCUCCGGCUAGCGGUGGUGGAGGCCCUGGGCCCCAUGAGCCAUUUGCUGCCCAGUGAGCGGCUGGAGGAGCAGCUCCCCAGGCUCGUCCCUGCAGUGCUUGCCCUCUACAAGAAGCACGCCGAGGCCUUCGCCAUUUCCAAGAGUCUGGGCCAGAUCUUGCAGGCGGCCGUGAGCGUGGGCAGCCGUACACUGGAGGUCCAGCUCGACACACUCCUGGCUGCCCUGCACGCCCAGGUCUGCGUGCCUGUGGAGUCCUCCAGCCCCCUAGUGGUCAGCAACCAGAAGGAGGUGCUGCGCUGCUUCACUGUGCUGGCUUGCUUCUCACCUGACCGUGUGCUGGCCUUCCUACUGCCCAAGCUGGACAUCACCAGUGAGCGGACCCGUGUGGGCUCCCUGCAGGUCUUGAGACACGUCAUCAACUCUGCUGCCACUCAGAUGGAAGUGCGGAAACUGUUCAUCAUCUCCUCUAUGCGGCUGCCCCUCCUGGACCCCAACAACAAGGUGAAGAGGGCAGUGGUGCAGGUGAUCAGCGCCAUGGCCCACCACGGCUACCUGGAGCAGCCUGGAGGCCAUGCGAUGAUGGAGUACAUUGUGCAGCAGUGUGCCCUGCCCCCCGAGCCACAGUCUGAGAGGCAGAGCUCUGGUAGCGAGGACCUCCCCGCAGACAGCGUGCGUGCUGUCAGCAUCAGCACCCUCUACCUCAUCAGCACCACGGUGGACCGGAUGAGCAGUGUGCUCUGGCCGUACUUGCUCGAGUUUCUGACACCCGUACAGUUCACUGGGGCGCUAACCCCACUCUGCCGGAGCCUGGCAUAUCUGGCCCAGAAGCAGCAGCAAAGGGCUGGUCCUGAUGCCUUUCUCAACCAGCAUGAGUCCAGUGGGAACUUCCCGUCACCCUAUGCCAUAGCCACCCGACUGCUGGUUGUGUCCUCUGACCCCUACGUGGGGGAUGGCCGUGGGGUGGCCUCCCUACGGCUGCUGCAUGUCCUCCAUCACCAUAUCCACCCACUGCUGGGCCCCAGGUGGGAGGCCACUGUCCCCCUGCUGUUGCAGCACUUGGCUGAACACACGGAGGCCACCCUGUCUCAGAAGGAAUGGGAGGAGAAGCUCCUGAUGUUUCUGCGUGACACGCUGGGUGUCGUGGCUGACAACACUUGGGUCUGUCAGCUGAGCCUGGAGAUGUGCAAGCAGCUGCCUUGCUACCACGGGGUGCCCCAGGAGAAGAGCUUCCUGUAUAAGUGCAUCGGGACCACCCUCGGUGCGGCAUCCAGCAAGGAGGUGGUGAGGAAACGCCUGCAGGAGCUGUUGGAGACAGCCAGACACCACGAGGAGAGCGAUCGAGAGGGUCUGGCCUGCUGCUUCGGCCUCUGUGCCAUCUCGCACCUGGACGACAGCCUGGCCCAGCUGGAGGACUUUGUGCGAUCUGAGGUGUUCCGGAAGUCCAUUGGCAUCUUAAGCCUUUUCAAGGUUUGCAAGGACCGGAAUGAGAGUGAGGUGGAGAAGGUGAAGAGCACGCUGAUCCUGUGCUAUGGGCACGUGGCUGCGCAGGCCCCCCGAGAGCUGCUGCUGGCCCGAGUGGAGGCAGACGUCCUGCGGAACAUGUUCCAGUACUUCAACACCAAGGUUCUGGGGAUAAAGGUAGAAACCAAGGACCCUGCCCUGAAGCUGUGCCUUGUUCAGAGUGUCUGCAUGGUCAGCCAGGCCAUCUGUGGCAGCCCGCAGGCCAGCGCUUUCCAUUUCUCUCAGAAGGCAGAACUGGUGGCCCACAUGAUGGACUUCAUCCGGGCAGAGCCCCAGGACGUGCUGAGGACGCCCCUGCGGAAGAAGGCCAUGAUGGCCUGCACGCUCCUUGUCUCCUUGGAGCCACCGCUGGAGGAGCAGGUGCGGGCAGACAUGACCCAUGGCUGCCUGCACAGUGUCAUGUCCCUGCUGCCAGAGUCCAAUGGGGAUGGUACCAGCGACUGGGAGGCCCUGUACUUGGACACGAUCCAUGCCCUGGAGGACCUGCUGACAAGUGUCCUACAACGGAACAUGACCCCCGAGGGCCUGCAGGUCAUGGUGGAGCACCUGAGCCCGUGGAUCAAGUCACCUCGGGGUCAUGAGCGGGAGCGAGCCAUGGGCGUCAGUGCCAGUCUGCUGCGGUACUUCCUGGAGCACCUGCAUGUCAGCGCACUGGUGCCCUUCCACAACCUGGGCCUCCUUGUCGGCCUCUUUGCCCCACGCUGUGCAGACAUGUGGCCAGUGACCCGCCAGGAGGCUGUGAACUGCGUCUAUCUGCUGCUCUACCUCCAGCUGGGCUAUGAAGGCUUCGCUCGAGACUAUAGGGAUGACGAGACCGAGCGGCUCCUGGCCCUCAAGGAGGGCCUGGUGAAGCCCGACCUCACCGUGCUCUUCCACAGCUGCCACAGCAUUGCUCAGAUCGUAGGGAAGCGCCUCCCACCGGGUCAGCUCAUCAGCCUCCUGCUCACCAUGUUCGAGAGUCUGGGGGACCCUGACAAGAACUGCUCACGCGCCGCCACUGUCAUGAUCAACUCCCUCCUGAAGGAACGGGGCACAGUGCUACUGGAGAAGGUACCGGAGAUUGUGAAUGUGCUGCGCACCAAGCUGCAGGAGGCCCCGGAGGAGCACGUGCUGAAGGCCGCCCAGCACAGCGUGUACCUGCUGGCCUCCCAGCACCAGGCUGCUGUUGUGGCUAGCCUGCUGGGCAGCCCCCUGCCCUUCGACAGUCACACCUGCACCCUGUGGCGAGCCCUGGCUGUGGAGCCGAGCCUCACGGCCCAGGUGCUGGAGCUACUGCUGGAGAAGAUGAGGAAGGAUGUCCCUUUCAAAGAGAGCCGAGCCUUCCUGCUUAGCAGUGCCCCUGACCGUGUGGCCACAGUGCUGCCCCUUGCCGCCACAUGUGCCCUCUACGAGGUCCUGUCCGUGCCCGCCUCGGGGGCUGCAGUGCUGGAGCUCUACCCUGAGCUCUUUGUUACCCUCCUGCUGAGGGUCAGCUGCUCUGUGGGUGUCCAGUUGCCCCGCAGCCUCCAGGCCAAGGAGAGGAGGAGAUCUGGGGCCCCCCCUGCCACCCGGAGUCUGGAGCCCUGCAGUUCUGCGGUGGACACGCUGCAGACCAUGCUGCUGAGGGGUGGCAGCGAGGAUGUGGUACGGCACCUGGAGCUGGAGGGUGGCUGGGAACUGCUGAGGAGCUCUGAGGGCCACGAGGAAGGUGUCACCCGGCUGGCCAGGGCCAUGGCGGAGCACGCAGGCCCCCGGCUGCCGCUGGUAAUGAAGGCCCUGGUUGCCACGCAGAGCAGCACAUACAGGAUCCAGAGGAUCACCUCCACGGCCUUUCUGGCAGAGCUACUCAGCAGUCACGUGGCGAAUGACUUGCUGCUGCUGGAGUCCCUGCUGGACCACCUGGCAGCCCGCCAGGCAGACUCGUGCCCCAGCGUGCGGCGGCUGGUGCUCCGGGGUCUCGCCAACCUGGCCUCCGGCUCCCCUGACAAGGUUCGGGCCCAUGGCCCCCAGCUGCUGACAACACUCAUUGGUGGGCUGGACGAUGCCGAUGACCUGCACAGCCUGGUGGCCCUGGAAGCCAUGGUGGGCCUGGCCAGGCUGCUAGAACUGCUGGAGCCUCGAGACCUGCGCUCUGCGCUGCUGCAUGUCGCCAUCCGCAUCCGGCCCUUCUUUGACAGCGAGAAGACGGAGUUCCGGCGGGCAUCCAUCUGCCUCUUUGGGCACCUGAACAAGGCCUGUCAAGGGGAUUGUGAGGACGUGUUCCAGGAACAGAGCGUCAGCGCACUGGUUCCCCUGAUGCUGCACCUUCGAGACCCCCAGGCUCCUGUGGUCGGCGCCUGCAGGUUUGCGCUACGCAUGUGUGGCCCCAACCUAGAGUGUGAGGAGCUGACGGCCACCUUCCACAAGCACCUGCAAGAGGGCCGUGGCCUGCACUUCGGCGAGUUCCUCAACACCACCUGCAAGCACCUGAUGCACCACUUCCCUGACCUGCUGGGCCGCCUGGUGAGCACCAACCUCUUCUACUUCAAGAGUAGCUGGGAGGAUGUGCGGGCCGCAGCCCCCAUGUUCACGGGCUUCCUGGUGCUGCACGCAGACCCUGAGCAGCGACACCAGGUGGACCUGGAGCUGCUGGUGCCUGCUCUGCAGCUGCUGCUGAAGGACCCCGCACCUGAGGUGCGCAUGAAAGCUGCAGAGACGAUGGGCCGCCUUGUGAAGUUUGCGUGAGGCCCUGGGGCUCCCGCCAGCUGGUGAACUGGGACACAAAUGCCCCUGCCAGAUGGGGUGGGGGGCAGCUGUCUGUGUCCCUUAUAGUUUUCAAUAAAGCCAUGUGCCCCUCCCCCGAGCAGUGCUGCAGGGGAUGGGGUAGGCAGA